AACCAUGUCCCAAAAAAGGUCAUAUUUGCAAUUAAACCAAACUAUUCCCUACAUCCUCUCUCCACACAAGAUAUGAUGUGGAUCCUGAAAACAUUCCAGAAAGAGGCAAAUGGCCCAAAAUGAGGAAAGAAAGGGAAUGGGGGAUUGUGGUGGCGGACUAUUUGCCUUCAAAGCUCCUUUGUUUUUUGGCGGUGAUCUUCUUCUUCUCCUUCAUCUUCUUCCUUACCAAUCCCCAAUCCAAAAAACUUAACCCUUAAGCCCCAUUUCAAUACCUUUGUCGGUAUUCUCAGACUGUGACCUCUUCCCAUUCCUCGAUCCCCACACUCCCCAUUCUCCUCCAAAUCACAGCCCUACACGUACCCUUCUCUUCAUGAUCAAUCCCCAUAAAAACUUGCCGCCCAAGGACUCAACCACAAACCCAAUACAGAGUGUGCCCUUCAAUUCAACUUGAGCUUAGCAGAAACAGAACAGAACAGAGCAGAGCAGCAAGUGGGGGACAAGAAAUAACCAUCUCUGUUAGACCGCCUUCAUAGACUGUGAUUCAACAGUGUCUACUGUCAAAAAUCUUAUCGUACAAAGUUUUGAAAGAGCUUAAAAAAAACUAACCGGCCCCCCCUCCUUAGUCCUUCCCGUCUCUCCAUCGCCCUCUUCUUCAGCAGUACAGAGGACGCAUCAGGAUCAGGCAGGAGUAAGAGUAGAAACGUCCUCUUGGGAUCUUUGUACUAUUUUUUUUCUUUUCUUUUCUGACCCUUUUGAGUACAUUAAAGAUAGGUACAGUUUUCUGGGCCAACCCUUUCGUGUGUAUUUAUAUCCUGAAUCGAGACCCACCCCCCACAUUGUUUCCUUUUGUCUGUACUCCAUUUGAAGCGAGAAAAUGAUGGGUUUUCUUCUUCUUCUUCAAAGAGAGAUGUCUUUUCCAACACGGCUUUGAUUUCUCCAUUUGGUUGCACUGAUUUUAUACCUCGUCGUUCUUUGGGGUUCUCUCUGUUUUUUGUCCUUUUUUUUUUUUUUUGUUUUUUAAGUUUUCUGCCUUUUGUGGACUGUUGGAUCUGAUUAGGGUUUUGAUUUUUUGAGUCAUGGGGUUGUGAUUUUAGGGCAUUUUAGUGCAGUUAUCGAUCUGGGUUUUGUUCUAUUGAAGUUUGAAAGAAGAAAGAAGCUGCAGAAGCGUCAAGGGAUUAGCUAGUUUUUAUUUUUUUUCACUUGCUGGGUCGUUGUUUCUCUUUGUCGUUAUUCAUUUUAGAGAGAGAAAGUGUGGGGGAAAGGGGAAUAAAGGGAAAACAAGAUAGAAACUUCUUUUGCUUGCCCCCAUUGGAUUCCCUCAUUGGUUUCGUGUAUAUGUUUGUAUUUGGUUUUCUUUUGGGGUUUUGAUAAUCUUGAAGAGAAGAAGAAAUAUAGAAGAAGAAAUGGCGAAUCGAUGGUGGGCUGAAAAUAUACCCACCACCACAGACAGCAGCACCAGCAACCCUUAUUCGACUCCAUUAAAGCAAAGCUUAGAAGCUGCUGAUGAAGAGAACUCCGGUAGCCAUGAGAGAGCUGAACCAGGCAGCAGUUCAAGCACGCGCCGCCCUCGUGGCCGGCCGCCGGGAUCUAAGAACAAGCCAAAGCCACCGGUGGUUGUAACGAAGGAGAGCCCCGAUGCUCUUCGGAGCCAUGUUUUGGAAAUCGGCAGCGGCAGCGACAUCGUUGAAAGCAUCUCGAACUUCGCCCAGCGCCGGCAGCGAGGAGUUUCGGUUCUUAGCGGAAAUGGGGUUGUCGCCAAUGUUACUCUUCGACAUCCGGCAGCCCCUGGCGGUGUUAUUACGCUGCAGGGUCGAUUCGAUAUCUUGUCGCUCUCUGGUGCUUUUUUGCCCGCCCCAGCUCCGCCAGGUGCUACUGGGUUAACUGUCUACUUGGCUGGCGGGCAGGGGCAGGUCGUUGGUGGCAUUGUCGUUGGUGCACUCGUUGCAACCGGUCCAGUCAUCGUCAUUGCUGCCACUUUCACCAAUGCGACAUUCGAGCGGCUGCCGCUCGAGGACGAGGAGGUGGCUGCUGGAGACAAGUCUGGAACUAGCCAGAACAAUUCAACUUCUCAGAGCAUGGGGGAGCAACAACAGCAUCAACAGCCGUCAAUGGGAGUCUACAAUAUGGCUCCAAAUUUGGUGCCAAAUGGUGAACAAGUGGGGAAGUAUGAAUUUGGAGCCACAAUAUUCUUUGAUCAGGUGGUUCUGAAAAAUUUUGUUGGUAAGAAGCUGUUUAUCUGAAUAAACUGGGAACAAAAUCUUUGCAACGAUCGAGCUCUUAAACCCGAAGAGGGGAAUGGUUUGAACUAUCGAGGCUGAUAGACGACCAGGUGAGGCUGUGGAGCUGCCAUGGAAGAAACAUAAAAAGACAUCCAAUGCUACGUUUUGGAUAGUUCUUGUGCUGUUGAUCUCUCUGCAAACUAAUUACCACCAUUGUAGUAUGCAUGCCCUUUUCCGAAUUGUAAAGUGAAUGAAUUUUCUUUCUAACUUUUUUAAAACUAAAUUCACUUCAAACAAUCACGAAAAUUGAACAAAGACUUCGGUUGAA